AUGGAUCUGGUGCAGGCAGCGAAUCCAAUAAAGAACUAUAAACGGAAACAAAGACACUUCGAAUUUUAUCGCUCAGUUCCUUGUGCGGCAAGUUACUACCAUGGCUCUGAAAGUUAUAACUGGGUGGUGUGCCGGUUCUCUCCCCACUCUGAGAAUGUGCUCUAUCUUGGUGGUGAUGAAGGCGACGUGGGCAUAGUGGACAUAACGCCCGUUGUUGGUUCUGAACCAAAUCAUGAAGCGGUUCAAAUUCAGAGUUUUCCUGCACACAACGCCACAGUGAUGGAUGUGAUAGGCGUUCCAAGCAAUCCGAAUCAGCUGCUAUCAAUUUCUGGAGAUACCACCGCACGGCUGUGGGACCUGCAACGGCAUGAUUCUGUGUUGUUUUUUGGCCAUGAAAUGUCUGUUCGGAGUGCUUGUUUUGCUCCCCAAUCUAGUCAAGUAUUCGCAACGGGUGGCAGGGACGGGCAGAUCCGGUUAUGGGACGUUAGAACAAGCUCUCUUCAACAGCAAGGACAGUUUUUGAAGAAAGCCGUUAAUGUAUAUAAGAAUGCUCAUCUUAUGAAAGAUCACCGAUCCCCAUCGAGGAGAAGGUCAGUAUCGCGACUUUCAAGUCGAUUUGAGAAGGUAGAGCCACCAAGCGUCACAAGCCUCCUGUACGCAAACGAUUACACCCUGGUCUCUGCAUCAUCAUGUGGAAAGAGUGGACUGCGAUUAUGGGAUACCCGAAAGAUUUCUGCCAAGGAUGAAGGCCAUGUUCUAUCUAAACUGGAGGUGCCUACCCACAAAGAAGCAGUGCGACAUUUCACAGGAGCUGCUAUAGAAUCGUUUUAUGUACAGCUACAAUGUUCACCAUCUGCAGAUUACCUUCUGUGCGGUUCAAAGAAUCAGCAAGCUGUUAUAUGGGAUUUGCAGGACCUGUAUAGCAGCUUCGACGAAAAAGCGAUUUCAUCGGAACGUCAAUGCCGUGCGCUUCUGCCGAAAUACACCCUAAAAGGACACGAUUCAGAAGCGUGCUGUGCUGGUUGGAGUCGAAAUGGGAAGUACAUGGUUUCUAUGGAUGACUCACAUUUCCGCGUAUGGAGCGCGGACGUUGUCAAUCCAGGCAAACCUGAAGCAAACUCCAACAUCGAGACCAUCAGUACUUAUGAACUCAAUGAAUCUGAAAAGACUACCCUCCUAGUAACCAGGAUGUCUAUCCGUCGUGGACAAGGUCCAUCCGGGUCACCUACGUCCUUUGCCAGUACUCCUUCACGUAAACGAAAAGAACCGUUCGAAAGUCCAAUAAAGCGGCUACGCACGCCUACCAAAUCUCCAAUCUCCAAAAUGAUGAAAUUGGUUUCUCCCGUUUUGCCGUUCGCGAACAUUACGAACGCUGAAGCUGGAAGUUCGGAUAUUGCCAGUACAACAACACCCCAGUCACAUCGUAGGAGUCGAAAAAAAGGGGCCUUCCAUUACAAAUAUCCUACUGAGAAUUUGCCGAAUAAGGUGUAUGAGCGAUACAUUUCCAAGUUCAAAGCUCGACGUCUUGCUGAAAGUCUAGGAACUCCAAGCGCCUGUGUCGAAUCUGAGUCUCCAAGUACAUCUAAGAAGAAUCUCGAUGACUACUACUUGCGAAGUUGUCUCGAUCAGACGAGGUCCCUUUCCAAGGCGGAGAGAUCGCGAUUGCCAAGUGUCACAGAAUUUGGCGAUUCGGUCUGUUCGAAGAUGGUAUCAGAGCAGCACCGUACCCAAAACUCACCUCGUAAACUAACCGUGAAGUUAACCCCUUUGAAAAGUCGUCCACUAUCUCAAAUGAAGGAACAAAAAGACAGCCAGAAGCGGUCGAGUCGCAAUCUUCUCGACUACUUCCCAAAAAAGGUGCCGUUUGUAGAACCGUCUCCGGCUUCAGCUCAGGAUGUGACCACUCCUAUAAGGCAUGGUUGA